GCGGCCUAGAGCGGCGGCGGCGGCGGCGGCGGCGGCGGCGUUGGCCCGGGAGCCCGCGCCCCUGCUGGAGCCGGGGGCCGCGGAAGCCGGCGGGCGCCUCGGGACGCGCGGAGAUGGCCGGCAGCCCGGGACGCUCUGGGUGAAAGCCCAGCCUCUGUGGUUCUUAAUGCCUCAGCAGGAUUAUUUUCACUAAAGAUGGAAACACUGGAGUCUGAAUUGACCUGUCCAAUCUGUCUAGAGUUGUUUGAAGACCCCCUUUUGCUCCCUUGUGCUCAUAGCCUCUGCUUCAGCUGUGCCCAUCGCAUCUUGGUCUCCAGCUGCAGCUCUGGUGAAUCCAUUGAACCCAUUACAGCUUUCCAGUGUCCUACGUGCAGGUAUGUCAUCUCACUGAACCAUCGUGGUCUGGAUGGCCUCAAGAGGAAUGUGACCCUGCAGAACAUUAUUGACCGUUUCCAGAAGGCUUCAGUCAGUGGGCCCAAUUCUCCAAGUGAGAGCCGCCGGGAGAGGACUUACAGGCCCAGCCCCGCCAUGUCUAGUGAGCGAAUUGCUUGCCAAUUCUGUGAGCAGGACCCGCCCAGGGAUGCCGUGAAAACAUGCAUCACAUGUGAGGUCUCCUACUGUGACCGUUGCCUCCGGGCCACGCACCCCAACAAGAAACCUUUCACCAGCCAUCGCCUGGUGGAACCUGUGCCAGACACACAUCUUCGAGGGAUCACCUGCCUGGACCACGAGAAUGAAAAAGUGAACAUGUAUUGUGUAUCUGAUGACCAAUUGAUCUGUGCCUUAUGCAAACUGGUGGGGCGUCACCGAGACCAUCAGGUCGCGUCCCUGAAUGAUCGGUUUGAAAAACUCAAGCAAACUCUGGAGAUGAACCUUACCAACCUGGUUAAGCGCAACAGUGAAUUAGAAAAUCAAAUGGCCAAACUAAUUCAAAUCUGCCAGCAGGUUGAGGUGAAUACUGCUAUGCAUGAGGCAAAACUUAUGGAAGAAUGUGACGAGUUGGUAGAGAUCAUCCAGCAGAGGAAACAAAUGAUUGCUGUCAAAAUCAAAGAGACAAAGGUUAUGAAACUGAGAAAGUUGGCACAGCAGGUUGCUAACUGCCGCCAGUGUCUUGAACGUUCAACAGUCCUCAUCAACCAAGCGGAGCAUAUUCUAAAAGAAAAUGACCAGGCACGGUUCCUCCAGUCGGCAAAAAAUAUUGCUGAGAGGGUCGCUAUGGCAACUGCAUCCUCUCAAGUUCUGAUUCCAGACAUCAAUUUUAAUGAUGCCUUUGAAAAUUUUGCUUUGGAUUUUUCCAGAGAAAAGAAACUGCUGGAAGGGCUCGAUUAUUUGACAGCCCCAAACCCACCAUCCAUCCGAGAGGAACUCUGUACUGCCUCCCACGACACCAUUACCGUCCACUGGAUCUCGGAUGAUGAAUUCAGCAUCAGCUCCUAUGAGCUUCAGUACACCAUAUUCACUGGCCAGGCUAACUUCAUCAGUAAGUCAUGGUGUAGUUGGGGCCUGUGGCCAGAGAUAAGGAAAUGUAAGGAAGCAGUAAGCUGCUCAAGAUUGGCCGGGGCGCCACGAGGCCUGUACAAUUCAGUGGAUAGCUGGAUGAUUGUGCCCAACAUCAAACAGAACCAUUACACAGUGCAUGGACUCCAGAGUGGGACUCGCUACAUCUUCAUUGUCAAAGCCAUAAACCAGGCAGGCAGCCGGAACAGCGAACCUACCAGACUCAAAACAAACAGCCAACCCUUUAAACUGGAUCCCAAAAUGACACACAAGAAAUUGAAGAUCUCCAAUGAUGGGCUGCAAAUGGAGAAGGAUGAGAGCUCUCUGAAGAAGAGUCAUACCCCAGAGAGAUUUAGUGGUACAGGGUGCUACGGGGCAGCAGGAAACAUAUUCAUUGACAGUGGCUGCCACUACUGGGAAGUGGUCAUGGGUUCCUCAACAUGGUAUGCAAUUGGUAUUGCCUACAAAUCAGCUCCCAAGAAUGAAUGGAUUGGCAAGAAUGCUUCAUCAUGGGUCUUCUCUCGAUGCAAUAGUAACUUCAUAGUGAGACAUAACAACAAGGAGAUGCUGGUGGAUGUGCCCCCACAACUGAAGCGUCUGGGAGUCCUUCUGGAUUACGACAACAACAUGCUGUCUUUCUAUGACCCAGCUAACUCUCUUCAUCUUCAUACUUUUGAUGUGACCUUCAUUCUUCCAGUUUGUCCAACAUUCACAAUCUGGAACAAAUCCCUAAUGAUCCUAUCUGGCUUGCCUGCCCCAGAUUUUAUUGAUUACCCUGAGCGGCAGGAAUGCAACUGCAGGCCUCAAGAAUCCCCUUAUGUUUCUGGGAUGAAAGCUUGCCAUUAAGUUACAAGAGAGCAUAUAAUUCACUGGCUCUCCAGUUCAGCAGUUUUUCCACUUCUAAAACCUCAGUUAGUGUUCAAUAUACAAGAUACAAAAUAAAGUUUAUUUCAAUCAUUUAAAAUAACUAGAUAUUCUAGAUUUGAUUUGUGUGCAUUUAAGCUUGUAUUCAAAUCAAUGUAUUGAGUGUCUCAGAACAAAUGAUCUGAGUAGCCUGGGUUCAAGCCAUUGAAGAAAAAUAUUGUAGAGAAUUCCUCUUGUCAUUGGAGAUGUGACAAUUCCCAAUGAUGCGAGACUAUAACUGAUACUGAAGGAAGUUAGGCUCAUUCUAGGUAAAUAAUGUAGAACGAUGCUCCAAACAGGGAAUAGCCACAUGGAAAAUAAGGGUGGGUGGGGCAUCAGCCUUUCUAGUACUGGCUAAUUUAGCCAAGUAGAAUUUUGAAGUGUCAGAUGAUCAUGUACUAUAUAUAGCUUUUGAUAAAAUCUGCAAUCAAGCAUUUGUUAGAAAGAAAACAUGUAUCAUGUAUAUAUAAUAUAUUAAAUGAAUAUAUAACACAUAUUAUAUAUUCAUUUUAAUUAUAUAUGCAUCAUAAACUUUUUCAUUUGUUCAUUGAGUGAGAAAUAUACUGAAAGAAAAAAUAAAUUAUCUUAUCCAUUUUUGUCCACUAAAAGGAACACUAACUCCAUCAACAUUUACCUUUCCUCUUUCCCUUCCUCCCUCUUAUAAUGCAAUCCCACAAGUUCAGGAAUGACUAGCACAGUGGGAAGGGGUCUGGGUGGGAUAAAAAGAGAUUGGGAAACAUAUUGCACAGGAGAUGGAGGCUACUUUUGGAUGAAAAUGGAUCCUGGUAGAAAUAUUAUAUGUAGUGCAGUUCAAUUGAUACUAUUUAAUGAAGAUAGUUCUGAAUGGUUGAAAAUUGUGUCACAGAAUAUUCAAAGAAAUACAAUUUUACUACUUGGAUGGCUAUGCAGUUACUAGAAUUAGGCUUUUAAGAAAGUGAUUAUUGAGGACAGAGAACUGGUCUAGUGGUUACGGUGCUUGUGUUGCAUGCAGCAGACCUGAUUUGAUCUCCAGCACCAAAUGGUUCCCUUUGCACUCGCAGGGGUCACUCCCAACCCAGAGCUGGAAGUAGUCCCCAGGCACACCGGACGUGGCCCCAAAGCCCCCGAAAGAAAACAGUGAUUGACCGUAUUUACUAAUUUGUCAAAUGGACUGUUAUAACUUAUUUACAUAUAUGUGUAUCUGUAUCUUCAGAUAAAGAACUUUUUGAAAUGCUUAAGAAUGCUGAGAACAGUUUCCUGAAACAGGUGAAAAAAAUCAUUCCUCUUGCAAUAUUGUCAACAUCAGUCAGCUGCUGUGUUGACCCUUUUUGGCAAGUACAGCCUAAAUUCCAUCCUUGACCUCUUUGCUCCAAUCGAAGGGAAUCAGGCUUUAUGGGCUGUGAUUUUGAUAGUGCCACUGCAGGCAUUGGAGAUGGAAGAGCCAGAGCUUUCUUUCUCUUUUUCCAGGAGCCAAGUCUGCUUCAAGAAGCCUAUUCUGUGGGAGUUGUAAAAAUAUUACUGUUGUAUGCAGAACGAUAGCUGUUACAGGCCCCCAGAUUGGAGUCUUGAAAAAAUAUUUUAUUAAUUCACUCAACUAUCUACUAGAUGCCACGUACCAUACUGCUGCUGAAAUGUUGAUAAGUCACAAUUCCCUGUUUUCAAAGAGGUUUACCAUUCUCAGAGUGGGAGAGCAAAAUAGCUAUAUAAAUCACCUAAAUGACAGUUACUAUUUGUUAUGGAAAGCUAAACGGAUACAGGUGACAGGCUAAACUUAACGUAUCUAGUGGCAGAGUUAACUUUUUCAUUUUCAAAAUCAGGAUGUGUACGUACUUCCUGCUAAUCAGGAAAUGAGCAAACUCAGUAGGAUUCAGCCAUACUGGGAAAGAGCUUGUGAUGGAAAGCUCAUAGCUUUGGCUAAAAUGAUACUAUUUCCUCUGCCAUUUAAGGAUGAGAACUAGGGCAAGUACUUCAUUUGUCAGAGGCUGUUUCUUCUCUAUAAAAUAAUAUCUACCUCACAAGGCUGUUGCAAAGAUUAAAGAAGAUAGCACAUGUGAACUGCCUAGCACUGCGUCUAGCAUUUAGUAAAUGUGUAAGAAAUAUUAAUCUCCGCACACACUCCCUCAGUUUGGACCUCAGAAUUGGUCUUACCUACCCUGGUCUCUUCUAGAGACCAUCCCCAAAUUCUUAAAGCAAAGCAGAAAGAUGAUUUCCCCUUUUAUAUAACCUUAUCUAGCUCCUCUAGCAUCCCCUAGAAUUCAGUUUCUAAGGGUUUGACUUUAUGGGACCCUGUUUGCUUUCCUGGGUUUAUCUUUUGCCACUCCUUACACCCUUUCUUCCCAACACCUCAAGUUUUUCUAGCUGGGUUGAAAUUGUUUUUUGGUCCUGAAGCAGAGAAAUUAGUAACAAUUUUGAUGUUCACAGUAUAUAUAGCUGGAAUUGUUCUUAAGUUAAUGAAGUAGUACGAAAAUUCUCUGUGGUGGUGACAUUCCACUUCCACCCCACACAUUCAAUUUUUCCCAUAUUUUGUUCUUGGGUCAUCCACACUACUCAUUUGAUAUGUCCUUUAGAUUUUAGUGACUGGCAAUGCUUCAAUUUCCCUAGCCUUCAUUUGACUCUACCCCAUAAUACUUUUCCUACCCUGACAAUUGAGUCAGAUUGACUCCUGACACCUCCCCCAGACAGCACUCUGAGCCUGCAACAAUAAUCACAUGGUAGAGCUUUGUUUUCCAAAAUGCUGCCUUCUAUGUGAGAAUUGCCUUUUCUGUUUAUUUAAACAACUGCUUCUUGGACCCCAGCCCUGAUCUCCUUAAUUAGAAUAUCUGGGCACUAGGGUGGAAUGUGACAAUUUUGACAAGCUCCCCAGGUAAUUCUGAUGCACAAAAUUUAAUGUGAUAAUCACCUUCCUUCCUAGACACUGAAUGCCUUGAGGGGAGGGAUUGUAUUUUGUUCUUGUAAGUGAGUGGAGCAGAGUAGGUGUCUGGCUCAUGUUUAUUGAAUGAAUGUGUGACUGAACAAAUGAGUAAUCAAAGUUUUCCUCUUGUACUCUGAGAUCCACAUUGGUAUUUUGUUAUUUCCUGGGCUGAGAAACUUGGUUACUUACUUCUCCAUUUGGGCUGUAUUGAUGGUAUUUUGUGGAUGUUCUUGGACUCAUAUGUCUAAACAAACAUUGUCACCCUCAGAAACUUAGAAUUUCUCUUGGGAGAUAGUUUGCCGCAUGUGGCACUAUUCUGUUCAAUGCUUGUCUAUUCAAAUGUUAUUCUUUGAAAGUGGAUUUAGGAUUUGGAUAUAAUCAAAAGUCACUCCCAGCUAAGUCUACUGAGUAAAAUGGGAAAUUAGACUAGGAUAAGCAAUAAAGUUUCUGAGCCCAAUAACAAAAAGUGCUUUCCAGGAAAUAACAUGGAGGUAGAGUAUUCAGUGGAGACUUGCCUAGAACACUGGCAGUGCCAGGGACCUUAAGAGAAGUCAGUGACUACCUCUAGGUAAACCCAGUUGAACAAAGGGACUAGGGCAUGUAUUUAACACCUUCAGGGAAGGUGUUUCCAUAAAAAAUUGUUGUUUCUCUGUUCAAUCUAUGCUAUAAUUCUUUCUGUUAGAGUAUGUUAUAUUAUUUCUCUUCUGUGUGCAAUUUAUGCUUGUUUCCACAUUUUAUAUUGUCUUAUUGAAGAAAGCACAAAUAUAAUCACAAAGUCAAAAGAGUUAAGAGACUAUGAAAAAAAAUUUAUUUCCACAUUGGAGUUAUGGCUACUUGUAAGUAACAGUAACUGCAUCUGGAUGGUUUUUUUUAUCACAUAUUUCCAUUGUGUAACUUUGGAUGCAGUGAAAUUCAGAUUGCAGCAAAAUCACUUUCAUGUUCUUUUCAGCUAAAAUACACUAGGUCAAUUUUCUAAACUUCCAUGGUUUACUUAUUUAUAUAUGACUACCUGAAUGGACCAAUCCAUAGAUGGACUUUUUGAUAAGCUCAAGUAUUUGAUACCCUUUUCUUCACAAAAUGUGAGGCUGAUCAAUUAGAACAACUCAUUUAAUUCAAUAUCUGGGGUUAUUCGCAGCCUCAGAGUCACUGGGCUUAUAUCUGGCUAUGUAUUACAUGUUGGCUGGAUUGACUGCCAUCAGGUCAAAUAAAACUGCCUUUUAUGGUUUGAUCUACUGGCUUUAGACAUAUACUGUGUUAUUAUUGGCUAGAAUAUUUAUUCAACUAUUGUUGGACUAUUUUUUAUCAAAUGCUUUAUCCCCAGGCUUGUUUGUACUGGGAGAUCUGGACCAAUGCUGUCUCUCCUUGUGACAGAAAUCUGAGCAUCUGUGGAUUACACAGCCUCAUCCCUCUGCAAUAUCCCAGCCCAUCUGAAAUGCUAUAUUAUGAAUUAAAUAAAUAUCUAUGUAUUCAUGA